CCUUCCCUUCAGCAGGCGACCAUUGGAGGGCGGGAUGGUGUGGGGCGGCGGUUUGUGGGCUCGCGUCGGUAAAACUACACUUGUGGCAUUUAGCGAAAAGGAGAAACGUUAAAAUUGUUCCACCACAGCUUUAUUGCGGUUCUGGAUACACAUGAGAAGAGCUUAUAUUCCUUUGUAGCAUCGAGAAAGGGCGGCAACCAUGUCAGAAUGGGGGCUGUUCCGCAGCGAGGAGAUGAGCCUCUGCCAGCUCUUCCUGCAGACAGAGGCCGCCUACGCGUGUGUCUCGGAGCUGGGCGAGCUGGGCCUUGUCCAGUUCAGAGAUCUGAACCCCGACGUGAACGCCUUCCAACGCAAGUUCGUCAAUGAGGUGCGCCGCUGCGAUGAGAUGGAGCGAAAGCUGCGCUAUCUGGAGAAGGAGAUCAAGAAGGAUGGCAUACCGAUGCUAGACACGGGAGAGAAUCCGGAGGCCCCCCAGCCUCGUGAGAUGAUCGAUCUGGAGGCGACAUUUGAAAAGUUGGAAAACGAGCUGAAAGAAGUCAAUAAUAAUGCUGAGACACUGAAGAAAAACUUUUUGGAGCUUACUGAGCUCAAGCAUAUCCUUCAGAAAACACAGACCUUUUUCGACGAGGGCCCUCAGUAUCACUAUGUUACCCACCAGAUGUCAGAAGCCAACAGGGACGACGAGAACGCCCACCUGCUGGGCGACGAGGCCAUGCACCAGCCGGGCCAGGCGCUGAAGCUCGGCUUCGUGGCCGGCGUGAUCCAGCGCGAGCGGAUGCCCGGCUUCGAGCGCAUGCUGUGGCGGGCCUGCCGCGGCAACGUGUUCGUGCGCCAGGCGCAGAUCGAGGCCGCGCUCGAGGAUCCCGUCUCGGGCGACCAAGUCUACAAGUCGGUGUUCAUCAUCUUCUUCCAAGGCGAGCAGCUGAAGACGCGCGUGAAGAAGAUCUGCGAGGGCUUCCGCGCCACGCUCUACCCGUGUCCGGAGACGCCGCCCGAGCGGCGCGAGAUGAAGAUGGGCGUGAUGACGCGCAUCGAGGACCUCAACACGGUGCUGGCCCAGACCCAGGACCACCGCCACCGCGUGCUGGUGGCCGCCGCCAAGAACAUCCGCACAUGGUUCGUGAAGGUGCGCAAGAUCAAGGCCAUCUAUCAUACGCUCAACUGGUUCAACCUGGACGUGACGCAGAAGUGUCUGAUCGCCGAGUGCUGGGUGCCGGCGGCCGACACGGAGACGAUCCAGCUGGCGCUGCGGCGGGGCUCGGAGCGCUCCGGCUCCUCCGUCAGUCCCGUGCUCAACAGCAUCCAGACCAGGGAGGCGCCGCCCACAUACAACCGCACCAACAAGUUCACGCAGGGCUUCCAGGACCUGGUGGACGCGUACGGCGUCGCUUCGUACCGCGAAAUGAACCCCGCUCCGUACACCAUCAUCACGUUCCCGUUCCUGUUCGGCGUGAUGUUCGGCGACUUCGGCCACGGCAUCAUCAUGGCACUGAUGGCUGGCUGGAUGGUCUGGAAGGAGAAGCCGCUGGCCGCCAAAAAGAUCGACAAUGAGAUUGCGUCCAUCUUCUUCGGCGGCCGUUACAUCAUCCUGCUGAUGGGCCUCUUCUCCAUAUACACGGGCUUCAUCUACAACGACAUCUUCUCCAAGUCGGUGAACGUGUUGGGCUCGUCCUGGCGCAACUGCUUCCGUGUGGAAGAGAUCGAGCAUUCGGACUCGGAGACGCUGCUGCUGCCGCCGGAGAACGCGACCUGCUACUACGGCGUGCCGUACGGCUUCGGUUUCGACCCCGUCUGGCAGGUGGCCUCGAACCGCGUCACCUACCAGAAUGCGUUCAAGAUGAAGAUCUCCGUGCUGCUCGGCGUGGCGCAGAUGCUUUUCGGCGUCAUCCUGUCCGUCUACAACUACCGGUACUUCCGCAAGUUUUCGGACAUCGUCACCAUGUUCCUGCCGCAGGUGCUGUUCCUGCUAUGCUUGUUCGGCUGGCUGUGCAUGCUCUGCCUGCUCAAGUGGAUCAUGUACAGCGCCCCCUUCAACCCGACCACUCCGGAAGAGAUCCGCUACGGCACGCACUGCGCCCCCUCGCUGCUGCUCAUCUUUAUCAACAUGUUCCUGCUCAAGGACAUGAACGCGGACUCCAAGGGCAGCGGACUGGGCGAGGAGUACUGCGACGGCUACCUGUUCGACGGCCAGAAGGGCUUCCAAUACUUCCUGCUCUUGAUCGGCGUCCUCUGCAUCCCGUGGAUGCUGAUCGCCAAGCCGGCGCUCAUCUUCUGGCAGCGCAGGAACGCGGCGCGCAGCCAGCUGCCGGCGACGAACGGUGACGUGGCGGCGCCGACGGCCGGUGGCGGCGGCGGCGGCGGACACAGCGACGACGAAGAGUUCAGCGAGAUCUGCAUCCACCAGGCCAUCCACACCGUGGAGUACGUGCUGGGCUCCGUGUCGCACACGGCCUCCUACCUGCGACUCUGGGCUCUCUCGCUGGCGCACUCCCAGCUGUCGGAGGUGCUGUGGACAAUGGUUCUGGUCAGGGGCCUGAGCCUGACGCAGGAGUACUGGGGUGGCAUCCUGCUGUACAUCAUCUUCGCCGCCUGGGCCGCCCUGACAGUCAGCAUCCUGAUCGUGAUGGAGGGCUUGUCGGCCUUCCUGCACACACUCCGCCUGCAUUGGGUCGAGUUUCAGUCCAAGUUCUACAGUGGCGAGGGAUACCUCUUCAUACCAUUCAGCUUCGAGAUUCUGCUGAAGGAGGCGGACAGCGAAGACUAGUGGCUGAGCGGGCCCUGGAUGGCACCGGCGACCACACGGAAAUGACCGCGAGCCCCGGCUAGUUGUUGUGCUUCUGGUGAUGGUAUCGAUCUGAUUUGUCCUUUACUUUACGUAGUUAGCCUGAGCGUCAUUCUGGUAACGCUAAUGUGUGUAUUCGUACUUACCUACGUUGGGGUCGUAUUUGCCUGGCUUCAGUCGUUUAACGUGAUACAAUAUGUUUACCUGAACGUUAGUCCCUGUGUAAUCUCACGGUCGAUGUUCUUGUUUGGAUAGAGGCAGCCACGUGUUUUGAGGCUAGUUCUAUGGGAGGUCAAACUUACCCGGUGUUGGUAGCAGUACAUAGCUUAGUUCCAUGUAUCGUAUUCGUGAAUGUAGCGGCGUAAAUGGAAACCACAGGAUUCUGGCCAGUCCUAUGCAUAUAUCGGCAGCACCACGCAAAAUUGUACCGACUAAUAUAUUCGUGCGUUC